AUGGCGGUGCCUCUCUUCAACCUCGCCCCCAAUCUUACCGACUCUGAGUCUGAUUCUUCGGCCCUCCCUCUCAUCCUCAAAUAUAUAUUCAUUCUUCGCAGGGACGAUGACUUUCGGCGAGCAAAACACGUUUCUGGAGUCGUUUGGCCUCCUGGACCAAGCUUUCCUGUCCCGCAUCAAUUUCUUCGACUGUACAGAAAUGUAUCCAGUGGUUCAGCGAGCCCAAACUCAGGUCAGGGGAGGAGUGAGGAGCGUCGUUUUGGCCACCAAGGUUGUAAAGUAGCUAUGAGACUUAAGGUGAUUGCAGACAGAUUACAAUGGCCUGAUCGCUAUGUUCCCAUGUUUGGAGAAAUUGAGUAUGAUCCAACCCGAAAGUUCAGUUCGAUUCCCAUAGACGAACAACUUGAUGCUCUAGGAAUAGCUGUUGAUUCUGGUAAGAUUAGAUAUGUUGGUCUCAGUAACGAAACACCAUAUGGGGUGAUGAAGUUUGUUCAGGUAGCUGCUCGCCAUCCAAAGAUUGUCUCUGUAACUCAUACAGCUUGCUCUGUCGAACUUUUGAUUCUGGGUUGGCUGAAUGCUGUCAUCAUGAGACGUAUUCAAAGUGUUGGUUUUCAGAAAAAGUGAAUAGCUGAACAAUUAAUUAUUUCAUCCGGUAUGAAAUGAUUGGGAAAGCUUGCUUGAUUUGUGCAUGCCAAUUUCUUGAUGAAGUUGAAGUUAUGUUACUUUUCCUAUCCUGUCCUGACUCCUGAGCAGUUCUUGAAGAAAUUCAAUUGAAUAUUCUUGCUAAUUAGUAGCUUGAAUAAUAUAAAAUUAGUAAGUGGAAUUAAAAUUCCAACAGAGAACAUGAGAGUCACUUUGGGGGAGGGCUUCUUAUCUCAACGUGCAUUU